GCCUGGUCUUUCUCUAUGUGGUUUACCAGCAGCGAGUUGAGGAGGAAACAGCUGAGACAAUACCGAAAUAUGGCAAGUAAUGACAUUUAUGAAACUUGUAUUUUCUGCUUGAUAUCCAACGACCAAGACAAAGAAACUCAAGUCAUUAAAAAGAACGAGGAGCUGGUGUGUUUUAGAGACAUCUACCCUGCUGCUCCUCACCAUUACCUGGUUGUACCCAUACAGCACAUACACAGCUGCCUGUCUCUGCACAGCGGACACAUCGGCCUCGUUAAAAGGAUGGCUGAAAUGGGGAAAACUGUCCUCCACGAACAAGGGGUUACUGAUAUGGAGGACAUAAGGCUUGGGUUCCACCAACCUCCCUUCACUUCGGUGAAUCACCUCCACCUGCACGUGCUCGCCCCCUCCAGCCAAAUCUUCAAACACAUGCAGUAUAAGUUCCUUCCAGGGACCCUUAGGUUUGUUACUGAAGCCUAUCUCCAGAAGCAUCUAAAGGAUAAUGCUCCACUAGUCAUCUCAGAGGAGUCUUUAAACCAGAAUGAGCCACGUGGAAACGAUGCUUCUUGUUUCCCAGGUUGGAACACUACAUCAAUGACAUCAUUCUAAACACUCAAGAACCUCAUCUGGAAACAGGACAGUAAAUGAGAUAACGCAGCAGGACUUAACUACACUUAGUGCCUUCCCGGGGACAAAUGAAGUGUUUUGAAGUGAAGUGAUAAAUCAAUUUAUUUUGAAAGGAAAGCCAUAGCAUUGAAAUGUUACUGUCUGAAUGGGAAGCAAGCAGUUCACACUUAUACACAGGUGUAUGUACUGUUUGUUGUAGGCUUUGCUUGUAUGAAUGAAUGCUCAUUGACAAAGUGUGAAAGUAUUUAUACUUUUUAUGUUUAGUGAUAUAUUAAGAAAACAAUGGAUUGACUCAAUCGAACACCAUGGACACAUGUAUAAGGGUUUGUUGAGAUAUUUCUUUUAAGUGAAAUUAUUUUUUAAAGAGCUUAUAGUUGUUACAAAAGACAUCCUUGAAGUUGUUCAAACACAU